CAUCUACUGGAACACCUAGAAACAUAAUUUCAUCUGACUCGACGACAUUAGUGGUACCAGAGAGUCUCUGUUGUUGCAUUAUACUGCGUUAUAAGCGUCGCGACUAUCUUCCUGCCUGCUGUCCUGGACUGCAAGGACCUCACUCCAAGUCUCCUGUUUCGUGUUAGGCUGACUGUAACCCAAUGAGAGCUCAGUGAUGGGGAAGGAGAAGCUCCACAUCAACAUUGUGGUCAUUGGCCAUGUGGACUCAGGAAAGUCCACCACCACUGGUCACCUCAUUUACAAGUGUGGAGGCAUCGACAAAAGGACCAUUGAAAAGUUUGAGAAGGAAGCUGCAGAGAUGGGAAAGGGCUCCUUUAAGUACGCUUGGGUCCUGGACAAGCUGAAGGCUGAGAGGGAGAGAGGCAUCACCAUCGAUAUCUCCCUGUGGAAGUUUGAGACCAGCAAGUACUAUGUCACCAUCAUUGAUGCUCCGGGACACAGAGAUUUCAUUAAGAACAUGAUAACUGGCACCUCACAGGCAGACUGUGCUGUGUUGAUUGUGGCUGCUGGCGUUGGUGAAUUUGAGGCUGGUAUCUCAAAGAAUGGGCAAACCCGUGAGCAUGCCUUGCUGGCAUACACCCUGGGUGUCAAACAACUGAUCGUGGGUGUCAACAAGAUGGACUCUACAGAACCCAAUUACAGCCAGAAGCGCUAUGAGGAGAUUGUGAAGGAAGUCAGCACUUAUAUCAAGAAGAUCGGCUACAAUCCAGAUACUGUAGCAUUUGUACCAAUCUCUGGAUGGAAUGGGGAUAACAUGCUGGAGGCCAGCCCAAACAUGACCUGGUUCAAGGGCUGGAAGAUCACUCGUAAGGAUGGUUCUGUCUCUGGGACGACUCUAUUGGAAGCUUUGGAUGCCAUUCAGCCCCCAACCCGGCCCACUGACAAACCGCUCCGCCUCCCACUGCAGGACGUCUACAAGAUUGGAGGCAUUGGUACUGUGCCUGUGGGACGUGUUGAGACAGGCAUUCUGAAACCUGGUCUAGUUGUGACUUUUGCCCCAGUGAAUGUGACCACUGAGGUGAAAUCUGUAGAGAUGCACCAUGAGGCUCUAUCUGAAGCUCUGCCUGGAGAUAACGUGGGAUUUAACGUAAAGAAUGUCUCAGUUAAAGAUAUCCGACGUGGGAAUGUUGCAGGUGACAGCAAGAAUGACCCUCCACAGGAGGCAGCGAGUUUCACCGCUCAGGUGAUCAUUCUGAACCAUCCAGGUCAGAUCAGUGCUGGAUAUGCCCCCGUGCUAGACUGCCACACCGCUCACAUAGCCUGCAAGUUUGCUGAGUUAAAGGAGAAGAUUGACCGUCGCUCAGGGAAGAAACUAGAAGACAACCCCAAGUCUCUGAAGUCUGGGGAUGCUGCUAUUGUAGAUAUGAUACCAGGCAAACCAAUGUGUGUGGAGAGCUUCUCGGAGUAUCCUCCUCUCGGACGCUUUGCAGUGCGUGACAUGCGUCAGACCGUAGCAGUGGGUGUCAUUAAGGGGGUGGAGAAGAAGACCCCAACCUCCGGCAAGGUCACUAAAUCUGCUCAAAAAGCCCAGAAGAUCAAAUGAACGUUGUGCUGGGCUGUGAACACUUGGGUCAGCCACAUCACACCUCCUCUUUUCAACUCCAUAGACAAAGCUUGGUUACUUGUCACAAUGCAUCGCAAAAGCAGAAGAAGGAAAAGUAAAACUCAUGCCUGCUUUGACAAUGAUUACAAUAGUGUUAGUAAGUAUAUUCAUGUUUAAGUGUAUGUUCUGUUUGAGUUUCUGUUGUAUGUGCAAGUUCUCAUAGUCUUUGUUAUAUUGUUCAACUGUUAUAAGCACCUUAAACUAGCAAACAGGGGGAGUGUGGAGUAAGCUUUGUUUUUCCUGUAUCCUCAGCUUGUGUGCAAUUGCUCAACCCCUCUAACUCUGACCAGCCACCUUACUAAUAUUACUUGUGUGACCUUGCUUGUAAUAGUAACUAACUGUUCCAGCAUCUAGCCCAAUGCCUAUGAGAUUUUAAAUUAGUCUGUUCUGAUUUGAUAUGUCGUGACGCAGCUUUAAAUGUGAACUUUUGAGUUUUGCUUGUCUUUUUCUGGUUGUACGCAUGAAGCUGAAGUAGCUAGCGCACUUUACGGUCUACCCAAACAGCACUCUGAACAAGCAUGAGCUAUAUUGUUUGCACUUGCACUCAUGUACUUUAAAGGGAAAAUGAUUUUCCAUUAUCUAAUAUAUGUCGGUUGAUAACCAAAAAUAAAAUACAUUUUAACUCUGAUGCCUGCUUCUCAAUUACUGCACAAGGAUUCGCAAAGUUGUAAAGACCUUUGGAGAUUUUAGGUUUUUGUAUUAAGGUCAGAUAUUUGAGAAAUCUGAUGCAAAUAUUAAAUGCUGGUGGACGUGCCCACAGACUUAGCUUUCUAAAAUGAUUUAAUACAAUACCAAACAAACUUAUAACAUGUAUUUGUGAUCUCUAAGAUUUUUUUACGAAACCAAAGCUUGUUAACGUUCAGAAUGUUGGCUGAAUUCAGUUCAAUUUCUGUAGACAGUGACUUAAUUUAAAACUUAAUAAAGCACACAAAAGUAUCAUAAAGUAGUCCAUGCAUCAUAUGCCAAGUCUUCUGAAGACAUAUGAUCACUUUGUAUAUGAUGAACAGACCAUAAUGUAAAUUGUUUUUCACUCUCAAAUCAAAUCAUUGCUAAACUAUGUAACUAUGUUGUAACAUUUGGUCACAAGAAACUAAGAACCAAUGAGGUUUGAUGUUAUUGACGUCGCAGCAAUAUUGGAGUCAGUGCUUCUUAGAUAGCAAUGAUUUGAUUUGAGAGUUUGAGAGUUUUUGUAAAAGAUUUAGCCAGCAGGACUGGAUUAAAUUAUCUCCUAAUGUGUUCUGCAGAAGAAAGAAUAUCAUUUGGGUUUGGACCGACAUAAGGCUGAGUAGAUGAUGACAACAUUUUCAUUUUAAGGGGAACCAUUCCUUUAAGAAAGCUUUUGUUAUAAAACAGCAACUGAUUUAGUAUGGCAACUUUAAGGUUCUCUUCUUA